UGACCAGAUUGUCUAAAGGCUCAGGAUGGUUAUUUGAGUCGAAAAGAUUUCACAAGAAGAGCAAGUAAGAAGAUGGAGAGUUGACUAAAAAAACACUGCUAUUGAUAGCAAAAUACAAGACCACAGACACAACCAGGAAGGUUACCGGGUACUUCUACUGCUGAUACGUCUAAAGAAAGAAUGAUAAGAUAAGACAACGUGGUAUGGAUGUUUGAAUAUCAAGCUGUUUCUUGUAGCAACUGAGACGAACACCCGACUUGCUCAUUUGCAGGCCAACUUUGAACAAGAAUUUUCGUCUUUUAAACUCCUUCAAACUACCUUUUAAAAUCAAAGUUAGGCUCUAUGACAGCUCGAAAACGACUGUCAAUGUAAUCCAACGUUUAAUUUUAGCCAGGAGUCGUUCUGAAGAAAAAGAAGAUACUUUUAAAUAGCGCCAAGUUGAUUCGUCUUGUUCUAAAAUUUCAAGUGUUAGAGAGUCUUGUUCGCUCGAGUUAUGGCGUAGACUAAUUGAAUUAUCUUCGUGACGGUAGUCACAGAAGGAUACUGAAUUUUCAAACAAGCUUUGGAUAAUUUAUUUUCGAUCUCUGAGUAAGUGAAAGAAAGCGUGACAGCAAAAAAGAACAAUGUAUUCGUAUAAUUCAGAUACAAACACGAGCUCGCCAAGCUCGUUGAGCCCAACAGGAUACAGCUCAUCUUCGUUAGAUCUGCAUACUCAACUGAUUGAGGCACAAAACGAGAAUGCUCGUCUCAAAAAGGAAAUUGAGGCUAAGGAAACGAAGCUUAACUCCAGUAUGCGAAGCAUUAAGAUGUUUUGGAGCCCGGAACUGAAGAAAGAGAGAGCUGCAAGGAAGAGUGAAGCAGAAAAAUACACUCGUUUGAAGGAGCAAUUUAACGUUGUUUCCGACGAAUCGCAGCACAGAACUGAAAUCAUACAAGACCUUCAAGAGCAACUGAAACGAUUACGUCAAUCUGGUAACCAUGGCAACUCAGGGACAGUUUCUCCAUCAUCAUCACCAGGAUUGCUAUCAUCACGAGAAGACUUGCAUAGAGAAGUAGAAGCGCUGAGACUUGAACGUGAGAGUCAAGAAAACGAAGGCUACGUGCUGCAGAAAUCUCUUGAAGAACUAAGUACUAGGUUAGAAACCCAACAGCAGGCCUUGCUAGCUAAGGAUGAAACUAUAGCCAGGCUAAUGGAGAUGUUACAGAAGAAAGGUCAAGAAAACAAAGCCGCAGAACUGCAGGAGAUUGAUAGAAAGAAAUUUGAAAAACUUAGCUUUGAGAUUGAUAAUUUGAAGUCUGGGAUUGAAGAAAGGGACAGAGCCAUAAGCUCACUACAAGAUGAAAUAGCAAAUGCAAAAAUCAGGAAUGUGAGCGAAGAACUGCAACAAUCAGCUAAUCUACUUGAUAAGGAUAGUCAAAUUGCAGAUUUAGAGGCUCAAAUAGCAUCGCUAAAGGAAGAAAAAUCAUCCAAAGAUGAAGAGGACACCAAGAAACAAGAGGAAAGAAAGCAAGCAGAGGUUUACCAAAGUCAUUCACAAUUCUUGAAAGCUAAGGUGGAAUCUCUAAAGGCAGAAAUAUCAAAGAAAGAGGCAGCCUUAUCAGCUGCUGAUACCAAACUAGAAACCUUUAAGGCCCAUCAUUCAGAUCAACAACAACACAUCAGUGUCCUUCAGUCUUCUCUACAAGCUAAAGAUCUCCAUAUCAAAAAUCUACAGAGUGAGUGCGAAAGCUUAGAGACUGAGCUCCAAGAUAAAGACAGUAGUUUAUCAUCGAUAAGAGCACAGCUGUCGUCUCUACGAGGGGAAUACCAGGACUCAGCCACCACUAUAAACAACCUAGAAGCAACGAUUAAGGAUAAAGAUCGGUACAUAGAAAUGCUUCAGACACAAAGACAGCGAAACAGCCUGGAAUUGAACGAGGAAGUCGACAAUCUGAAGAGAAAUAAUGAAAAACUAGAGUCUAAAGUAGCGUCACUACGUGAAGAGUUGAAUGAAAAAGAGGACGUGAUAUCUCRGCGAGAGAAAGACUUCUCCUCGAUCCAGUCUACAACUCAAGAAAAAGCAGCCCGUUUAGAUGUGAUGGAGCAGAAAAUCAAAAGACUGGAGCGAAAUCUGGAAGAGAGUGUCAGUGACAAGGAAAAAUUGGCGUCUGAACUGAGCAGCAAAAAGCUAGAAAUAUCGCGGCUCGAGAAAGAARUGAAUAACACCAAGAGAGAAGCAGAAAAUAGAAAAAUAUCUCAAGAAUCAAAGAUCAUGGAAGAUACAGAAAAACUGAAGAAUGAGUGUGCUGCUAAAGAUAGACGAAUAGAAGACUUAGAAAGGCAAAUCAAAGAGCUGAAUAAAAAGAUCGCGAAUAUCAAGAGAAGUCAACAACUUGAACGAGAAAAACAGGCUCAGUUAUUGAACGAAGUGAAGAAACAGGAAGAUCAGAAUGAUGAAAAGGUGGAUGAAAUCAAGAAAGACCUCAAGGCCAAGGAUGAUCGCAUUGUAGUUCUAGAAGAAGCCUUGAAAGAAAGCGUGACAAUCGCUGCAGAACGUGAAGAACUACUCGCGCAGCAAGCACAUGGUGCCGAAACAGCUGCGCAGCGUGUUGAAGACGUCGAGAUGGAAUUAGACAGAACUCACUUGGAAAUGGCGAUCACUAACACUAAGAAUGCCUCAUUACUCCUAGCUCUGAAUGAGAACGACGCUAUCUUGAAUUACUAUAAGUCCGAGAGAAGACACAUGCUGGAAGAGGUCUUUGAAAUGAGGCAAAAUGCGCUAUUAGCGACCAUAUCGGAAAAAGAUGCAAACAUAGCUUUACUGGAGCUAACACCGACUAAGAACAGCGAGAAAGAGGUGGCGAUGCUGAAACGAGAGAAAGAUACACUUGUUAAUGAAUUAAAAGAUAAGACGCAAAAACGGAUGACAUUGAUUACUAAUGAAGAUAACAAAGAGGUGCAUCUAUCAAUGGAAUUCCUACAUGCUCCUAAAGACAAGGUAAUAGAUGCCGUUGCCUUGUUAGAAGACAGUAUGGAGAAACUACAGCUGUACGCAGACGAUCUACUAGAGGUUGCAAAGAGUCACUUCCCCGACCUGAAAAGAAAGCUACCCAAGCUAACACCACGUGAUUAUGGAAAAUAUGAGAGCAGCCUUAAUAAAGGAAGCCAGAAUGAGCGUCUAACUUUGCUUCAGGCCUUGGAAAAAGACAUGCAAGAUCUGCAGGAUUAUGCUCACAAGCUACUAGAACUUGUUGAAGACUUCACAGAUUCAAGACCUUGACCUAUUACUAUUAUAUGUUCCAAUGAUGACAAUGAAGAUAUGGAUUGGGUGGGAAAAUGAGCUGUUUAAUUCCCCAAGAUUUAGGUAAAUUCGCCUGACAGCUUUAAACAAAAUAUUUUCAUAGAAUAUUUAGAAUACAGAGAAACUUGUAGUACAAAAAUAAAAACGUUUUCCAGUACCGUUCUUUAAUAUCUUUUAAAUCCUUAUCAAUUUCUAACGCAGCCGAAUAAUAGUUCCAAGAAACCUCAUGGGCCACGAAACAACAGUUUGAGAUUAUGAGAACUAGUUUAAUAUUUGGAGAAAUAUUUCAAUAAAAAAUUCCUUUGGAGGCGCGCGCAMCUAUAAAAGAUUUGUCAGGAUUAGCUAGGAUGGUGCGCAUGCRCUAGCUGGUGUCUAGUACUGUGUGCGCAAACCAUUAUUAAGAAAGGAGACACCAUCCAUUACAUCUUUAUACUUAGUUAUUCUUCGUAUUCUUUGAAUAAAUUUCUUAAUAUAUAUUUUGUAUUUAGAAGGAGUAGCCUGGAAAUAAAACAGCUAUAUUUUAUAUUCCUAAA